AUGGACAACCACGCGUACAUCGAUGGCGACGGUAAGCUACCAUCCGGUGCGUCCGAGUCGGUGCGUCGGCGAGAAUCUUCGUCCGCCUGUGGGCCGCCGGCCGUGGGCGCGUGCCCACCACCUGUCGCCGGCGGCGCCCGGACGGCGGCAGCCCCGGCCCCAAGCGGGGCCGGGGUGCCGCUGUUGCGCACCAUCGAUGGUUUCUCCGGCGUGGCCAUUAUCGUCGGAACCACCAUCGGCUCCGGCAUCUUUAUCUCGCCGAAGGGCGUGCUACGCAUGUCCGGAUCGGUAGCGCUCUCGCUGCUGGUGUGGCUCGGCUGCGGCGUGUACUCCUUGCUCGACGCGCUCUGCUACAUCGAGCUGGGUCUGCUGCUGCCCGAGGCGGGCGGCGACUACGUCUACCUGCUGCGCGGCCUGGGCCCGCUGCACCACUUCUUCGGCCCGCUGCCCGCCUUUCUCAGUGCCUGGAUGGACACGCUGAUCAUGCACCCGGCAUUGGUGGCCAUCCUCAGCCUCGCAUUCGCUGAGUACUGCGUCCAGCCGUUCUUCGGCGCCCCCUGCAGUCCCGCUCCGCUGGGCGUGUCCCUGGUUGCCGUCGUCACGUACUGCUUCGUCGUCUUCAUCAACUGCUACAGCGUGGCAUGGGCCACGCGUGUGCAGAACCUCUUCACGGUGGCAAAGCUCACGUCGAUUGGCAUCAUCUUGGUGGCCGGCGCGUACUCGUUGGCACAGGGCAACAGCCAGCACUUGGCCACCGGGUUCCAGGGCACCACGUCCUCCCCCGGUGACGUCGCUUCUGCGUUCUACACGGGGCUGUUCUCCUACGGCGGCUGGCAGCUGCUAAACACGCUGACCGAAGAGAUGGUCCGGCCCGAAAGGAACCUACCGCUGGCGAUCCUCGUCGCCGUUCCGGUUGUCACCGUCUGUUACAUCCUGACCAACGUGGCCUACCUGACGGUGCUCUCGCCGCAGCAGCUGCUCGACUCGUCGGCCGUCGCAUUCUCCUUCGGCGAGCGGGCCCUGGGCCCGGUCGCCUUCCUGAUGCCGCUCGGCGUCGCGCUGUCGUUGUUUGGGACCUUGAAUGGCGCGACGCUGGGAACCUGCCGAGUCACCUUCGCCGCCGCGCGACAGGGCCACCUGGUCGACAUGCUGGGCUUCGUCCACGUGCGCCGUCGCACUCCCAUUCCGGCGCUGAUCUUCAACGCCAUCAUCGGGUGCAUCAUGAUCACCGUGGGAAGCAUCGGGGCACUGAUGCGAAUGCUGAGCUUUGUAAGCUCGCUUUUCCGCGCGCUCACGAUGGUCAGCUUGCUGGUGAUGCGCAGAACAAGAGCGGACGCUCGGAGACCAUAUCGCGUGCCCACCGCAAUCCCGUGUCUGCUGCUCCUUUCGUCGUGUUACCUGUUCGUCAGCUCGAUUGUGGAUCGCCCGAAAACGGAGUACCUGUAUGGCUUGGCUUUUCUCCUCGUCGGCGUGGGCGUACACGCCGCGAUCGUGUACCAGCGGAUGCCCACGUUCGGGGGACGCGUCAUUGCCUGCUUUCAGAAGGCGUUGCAGGUGGUACCGACAACAUAG